AUGUCGGAGAAUGAAGGAAUGGUGGAUCUAUACCUGAAGCCAGAGAAAACCCUGGGCCCCGGAGGAGGCCCCAAAACCCGUAACAAAAAAUGGGAACGGAGAAAACGGGAUCACAGGAACAAACACGGGGUCACAGGUACAAUCGUGGGAUCACAAAAACACGAGCCCGGGAAAACGGAUCACGGCACAAAAAACGGGAUACAGGACAAACACGGGAAACAGGAAAAAACCGGGCCACAAAACAAACACGGGACCAAGGAACAAAACGGGGACCACAAGAAAAACACGGGCCACAGGGAAAAAACACGGGACCAAGGACAAACACGGGACCACAAAGGGCAAAAACGGGCCCAGGAACAAACACGGCCCCCAGGAAAAACGGGCCACAAAAAAAACACGGGACCCAGGGAAAAAACACGGGACCACAGGGAAAAACACGGGCCACAGAACAAAACGGGGCCCAAGAAAAAACACGGGACCCCAAAACAAAAAACGGACCCCAAGAAAAACCGGGGGCCCAAGAACAAACCGGAACCCAGGGAAAAAAACACGGGACCACAAGUUCAAACACGGGACCACAGGAACAAACACGGGACCACAGGAACAAACACGGGACCCAGGAAACAAAAACGGCCACAAGAACAAACAGGAUACGGAACAAACACGGGGCGACAGAACAAAAACCCGGGCCACAGAAAAAACACGGAACCACAAUUUUUAAAAAGGGGCCCAGAAAAAAACACGGGCCACAGGAAAAAAACACGGGACCACAGGAAAAACCGGGACCAUAAAAACAAACACGGGACCCCCAGGAAAAACACGGGACCCCAAAAAACAAACCGGGACCCCAGAACAAAAAGGACCAAGGAAAAAAACCGGGACCACAGGAACAAAAAACAGGACCAGGAAAAAAACACGGGGCACGAAAAACACGGACAAAGAACAACACGGGCCACAAGAACAAACGGGCCACAGGAACAAACACGGGGCCCCAAAAACAAAAGGGAUCACAAGAACAAACAUGGGGGCCCAGGAACAAAUACGGGGCCCCAGGAAAAACAUGGGGCCACAAGAAAAAACACGGGACCAGGGGCCCCCGAACAACACGGGACCACAAAACAAAACGGGACCCCAAAACAAACCGGGACCACAGGAAAAAACACGGGACCACAGGGAAAAACAUGGACCACAGGAACAAAAACCCGGGAACAAACACGGGACCCAGGGAAAAAACACAGGGCCAUAGGAAAAAACCGGGGCCACGGGACACAGGAAAAAACACGGGGCCACGGGACCAAGAACAAAACGGGACCCAGGAAAAACGGGACCACAAAACAAAAACGGGGCCCCAAGAACAAACAAGGACCACAGGAAAAAACACGGGACCAGAACAAACCGGGACCACAAGAAAAAAACACGGGACCACGGGGCCACAGGAAAAAACACGGGACCCCAGCAACAAACAGGACACAAGAACAAACCGGGCCACAGGAUCAAACACGGGGGCCACAGGAACAAACACGGGCCACAGGGCAAAACGGGGCCACAAGAACAAACACGGGGCCACAAAACAAACCGGGACCCCGGAAAAAACACGGGACCACAGAACAAACACGGGGCCACGAAAAAACACGGGACCACAAAACAAACGGGCCACAAAAACAAAAAACGGGACCAACUACAAAACGGAAACAAGGAACAAACCGGGGCCACAAAAAAACACGGGACCCCGGACCACAGGAAAAAACACGGGACCACAAGAACAAACACGGGACCACAAGAACAAACACGGGACCACAGGAAUACGAGAUCACAGGCACAAACACGGGAUCACAGGAACAUAGAUCACGGGGACAAACACGAGAUCACAGGAAUAAAUACGGGAUCAAAGGCACAAACAUGGGAUCACAGGAAUACAGGAACAAACACGGGAACACAAAAAACACAGAACACGGGAACAAAUGCGUGAUCGCAGGAUCACAGAACACGGGAACACAUCUUUAUAAACAUUUUUCCAUGCCAUAUGGAUAUACAGGCCUACCUGAGAUACCUUAA